AUGACAGCCAGCAGGAGGCUGCUGAAGGACAACCCUCCAUACGGAAAGGGGGCCGUCAGAAUCGAAAUCAACUUUCCAGCAGAGUACCCAUUCAAACCACCGACGAUCACAUUCAAAACUAAGAUCUACCACCCGAACAUCGAUGAAAACAGGCAGGUCGGUCUCCCAGUAAUUAGUGCUGAAAACUGGAAGCCAGCCACCAAGACUGAUCAAGUGAUCCAGUCUCUCAUAGCACUGGUAAACCACCCCCAGCCUGAACACCCUCUCUGGGUUGACCUAGCCAAAGUAUACUCUAAGGACCGUAAAAAAUUCUGUAAGAACCCUGAGGAGUCUACAGAGAAAUAUGGGGAAAAGCGACCAGUGGGCUAA